AUGGCGUCCGCCGGCGGCCCGGCCAACCACUGCAAGGACUGCGGCCUCUACUUCGACAGCGUCAAGUCGCUGGACGUCCACCUGCACUACCACAAGGAGAACCUGCUCAGCAAGUGGGCCACCACGGCGACCGCCGCCGCCAGGGGCGUCCCCGCGGCCGGGGGCGGGGAGGAGGCCAACAACAACCACCACCAGCACCACGCCGGCACGUCGGCCAACAGCCGGCGGCGGAGGCCCGCGCAGCAGCAGCAGCAGCAGCAGCAGCAGCAGCAGUCGUCGUCGCCGGAGGAGAGCAAGGGAUCCCCCGGACCCGGGCCGCCGAGGCCGCCCUCCGGGGGCUACUACGCCCAGCAGGGCGCGCCUUCGCCCUUCGAGCCCUCGGCGGCAUCUCAGUUCGGCUUCGUGCCCGCGCAGUCGCCGUCCUCGGUCGGCGGAGCCUUCCACCCGGCACUGCACCCCGCCUUCUCUGGCGGCAGCGGGUCCCUGUUCCCCGGGCUGCCUCACCAGCAGCAGCAGCAGCAGGAGGCUUCCCCGGGUCCGGACCACUUCGUGCCGGGCGGUGGAGAAGUGGGCGUGUCGUCCUCGACUCCUCCGUCCGGCUCCGGACUGCGCUUCCACCCGUACCGCCAGCACGCGCCGCCCCCGCAGGCGGGCACGCCCCCGGCGCAGGCGAGGCCGCCGCCGCCCUCGUCGCCGGCGCAGUGCGAGCGCUGCGGCCACGUGUGCGAGAGCGACCGCGCGCUGGCCGACCACGUGGCCUCGGCGCACCCGCCCACGCCGUCCGUGGCCGGCCCCGCGGUGCCCGCCAACGGCGGCCCGGCCUCGACGUCCUCGGCGUCUGCGUCGGCGUCGCCGGCCCCGCAGCCUUCGCCUACCGACGUGGAGCGGCGCGCUCGUGAGGCGUCGCCGAGGCCCGCCAAGACGGAGGAGGAGGCCACGGCAGAGAUCCUCGACCUGGACUCUCACAAGGUGCACGUGUACGAGGGAGACGCUCCCCACGGGGUUCACGGGCUGCACCCCGGCUCCCUCUGGGGUGGCGCACACCACACGCAGCUGCUGCACCACAUGCCACACCAGCAGCACCACCAGCAGCAGCAGCAGUUGGUGAUGAUGGACGUGCACGGGCACGGCCACCCGCAGUUCCCACUGCAACAGCAACAGCUCACCUUCUUCCAGCCGCACCACUACCUCGAGCUGCAGCAGCAGCAGCAGCACCACCACCAGCAACAGCACCAGCACCAAGCACAGCACCAGCUGGCACAUCACCAGCAGCUCUUCCAACAGCCUCACCAGCCGCCACCGGGGAGUCCUCUGGGGACAGUUCCGCCUACCUCCCACGGUGCACCUACACCCCCGGCAGCUGCUACCGCCUCCUCCCCUGCGGCGGCCUCCGGCAGUUGGAAGGCGAACGAACUGCGCCGCCCUAAGACGUACAACUGCUCGGCAUGCAACAAGUGGUUCACCAGUUCGGGACACCUCAAGCGCCACUACAACACCACACUGCAUAAGAAUGCUGUCAAGCAGAGUGGGCAGCCUGAUCCUGCAGCGGCUUCUGGUACAACCAACCACCGCUCAGCUGCGUCCUCUCCGGCAUCUGCCCCCAGCCCCGGAGGCGGUGACGAUUCCUUUGGCAGCAGCAGUGGUGGUGGGCGCAUCACACCCCAGCAGCAGCCACCACCGGCUCCAGCAUUAGCUCAGGUGUCACCUCUUCAGCAGCAACAGCAGGCACCGCCCCCUCAACUACUAGGACAACCACCCCCAGUGGCUGGUGGAGGGGCGGGUCUUACACUCUUCCCACACCAGUUGCAUACCUUCCAGCAGCAGCAGCAGCAGCAGCAGCAGCAGCAGCAGCAGCAAUCGCAACAGCAAGUGGUGCCGGGGCUAGGGACGGACCAGUUCUACAAACCCCACAGCAAUGGUUGUGGACUCGACAUACCUCAGCAUUCCCAACAACAACAGACACAGCAGCAGCUGUACCAGCAACAGCAGCAGCACCUUCUUCAGCAACAGCUGUACCCCCAUCUGGCACAGCAUCACCCAAACGCGAACACCCCCCACGUUUCUUCGAGCCUGAGCGCCGCCGGACCAGUGCCGACGCUGAUCCCGCUGGCUCGGGGGCAGAGCCUGGCUUCUUCAGGCCUCCCUUCUGGUAGCAGUGACCUGGAAGGCCUGCGGCAGUACCACCCCUUUGACGGGUUGUUCUCACUGCCUGGCUUUGCACAGCUCCACCACCAGCCUACAUCCUUCGGGCAGCUGGUAGGAGCUGAAGGGAACGUGGGGGGGACCGAAACCACCACCGUUACUGCCAGUGCCGACGACAUCGGUGCUGACAUCGACGGCGAUAACGGCGACUUGGACGACUCGACUGCAGGGAAGGUCGGUACCUCCUUCUCUGGCAUCACAUCUAGUGGGUGCCAGCUGGACUUGCUCGAGACACCGUACGACGAGCACAAGUAUGUCACAGACGCGAUAGUUCCCGACCUGGGCAGUGAGAUAAAGUUCGAGUCUGAGGAAGUGACGAGCCCUCUGGAACUACCUCGGGGAGAUUUCGACCUCAAGGAGGAGUUGGGUUACGAGCGAGAGGUGAGAAGCCCUGCAGAACUUCCUCAGGUAGGGUUCAACCUUAAGCAGGAGUUAGGGUGCGACCUACCGUCACCGGUACAGACACCUUGUUCUACUGUGGAAGAAGCGGACAGCCAACAGUUGGAGCCACAGCCACUGCUCCUGAUGCUGACAGCUGCACCUUCUGUGGCAGCACUGGAAGCCAUCGGUGAGCGGAACCCGGUCAGUGCCCCGACGCCACCCCUGGCGAGGAGCGCACCGCCGAGACAACGGCGGCCCGAAACGGUCAGUGGCACGGCCGACUCCACGACGCCACCUGCACUGGACUCUUCUGCUCGCUCCGGUGCUUCGGGGUCCUUCGCCCACUCCACAGUGUCCGGUGGCCCCCAGCACAAGUGUUUCGAAUGCCGUAAGGUUUUCAACAAGGCGUGCUACCUCACCCAGCACAACAAGUCGUUUCACUCGGGUCACAAGCCUUUCAAGUGCAAUCGGUGUGGCAAGCGCUUUGCCACAGACGACCUGUACCAGGGGCACUGUUCCAAGCAUGCUGGGGAUAAACCGUACAAGUGUGAAUUGUGCCCGAAGCAGUUUAAUCACAAGACCGACCUGCGCCGCCACAUGUGCAUCCACACAGGUGACAAGCCGUAUGCGUGCCACGUGUGUGGAAAGGGCUUUAUCCGCAAGGACCACAUGCUCAAGCACUGUGAGACACACUGGCGCAGAGUCCCUGGAGCAGCUCAAGGUGUGUCUCCACGGCGCUAUGGUCAGGUUGUGGUUGCAGCACAAUAAAUCUAAAGAGCAGACACCCGCGCGUAGACUACAUUUACCUGGGACUACAGGUAUCGGACAUUGGGUGUAUGAUGAGGGCUGUCUGCCUCUGACCCCACAAUAUUUGGGAGCUAGAUUACCUUGAACACAAAGGUAUUCUGAAGCUUUUAACGUGUAUGAAAGUGGAUUACGGUCUUGGACAUUGUAAAUUAGCUUGUGUUCAUUAUCGUCAACGUGCAUCCUGCGUAGUAAUGGAUUUGUCUACAUAGAUUGCAAGGUUGUUGCAAAAAUCCUGCUGUGAUCAGAUGUGCAAAAGUAUAAAACUGCACAAGUGGUUUUUUCUUUUUUUUUUUUUUUUUUUUUUUUUUUUUUUUCUCUGAUGGAACAGCAUCUACUUUGAUAUGUGAGGAGAUAUAUCCUUCUAGUAACUUUACUGCCUGUAGGGCUCUUAUGUCUGAGGAAGAUUCUGCACACUGGUGUGGAAACUAAUGUUCCACUUAAGCAUGGGCAAGGUUAUACUUAAACUCUAGAUUUUGAUCCGGCUUGCUCACAAGCCAGUAUGUUCCUUGCUUCAUGAGGAGUUACAUACUGACAACAGCAUUUUCUGCUUGCUGUGGAUAAAUUGAUUUCACCUCAUCUGUUCAGCCGAUACAAUUGUAAAUAGUGUCUGCUACUCAGGUGGGACAUUGCGUUACCUUAGUUUGUACGAUCUAUGCUAUAAAUUGAGAGAAAACAUCUGUCAGGUAUGUGGUUAAUCCCCCAGUGGCAUAAUAGAUUGUGAACAUACCGUUUUUCUUGCUCAACUAGGAAAGUGUAUUACUCUGUAUCUUGAAGACAGUUGUGAAAUUAAUCAAAUAGAUACAAAAGUGAUGACUCACAAACAAUAUUGCUGGUGCCCUUUCCAUUCUGAUAAAAUCUUUGUGUGUGUGUGUGUAUGUAUGUGUGUGUGUGUGUGUGUGUGUGUGUGUGUGUGUGUGUGUGUGUGUGUGUGUGUGAGCGUGCGACCAGUGACAGAUUAUUUUGUGAUGCAACCAGACGUGUCGAGGACAGAAUCUUGACUUAGACUAUGAACUUGUGCAACUGUGACAACUAUAUGAAGUAAUGGUAACUCUAUAGUGAGUUUUCUAUUGUUCCUGUACAUGAGAUUUUCCUAAUAAGUAUAAGGAGUUCAGGCAGAAAACACACACUUUACAAGCUUGUUUUAAAGCUAACUUCUGACUCUAUGCUUUUUUUAAAGAAAUAACAGUAGGUGUAUACAUUCCACCUGUACAAAUUUUUCCUUUUUUGUUAAGAAUUGUGUGAAAUAAUUUUAUUACUAUUGUUCUGUUGCUAUGGAUACACACAUUUUUGAGAAAUAAUUUAUUUUUUAGCAUGUUCCCCUAUUUACCUGGGGUCACAUUAUUAUUAUAAUAUCCUUCACAGGAGGUACUGUUUUGUAAUUUAUGCUGAUGUAAAUUCUGCAGUUGGACAAUAUUGAUAGUUUUAGUAUAAUUCUGUUUAUUGUUAGUAUAUAUAUUUUUUACAAAGAGUGACAUUGUUUCCUGCUUCAUUGAGAGGCUUGUUGACAGUUUUGUGGGUUGUUCCUGGCCAGUAUCAGCUUGUAGUAGAGUCCUCCUUUCUUGUUAGUAGUUUGGACUGAUUGGCAAUGUUUUCCGUGAUAGAUGCUUUGAUGACGGCAGAGCUUUGUUCUGGGCUGAAGGGUGGGAAAAAGUUUCAUUGUGUGAUCUAGUGAUCUGGGUUGAGAACAAGUUUGCACAGUUAGGAAGAGCCCCUGCCUGUUGAUUAAUUGACCCACACUAGUUCAGAGCUGUCGUCCACAAUGACAUUUGUGGACGGGUGCCCAGCUUCCAUUGUGUAUUGUUCCUAUGUCGUGUUUAUUGUCAGAAUUAUACCAGUCACAGUUUUAUACUCAUUUUAUAGGGUCUUUAUUAUUGAGACUUAUGAAAAAGGCUUUUGUGCCAAUAUACCAGUGGGGGAGAAAAUUAGAGAAUAUAUUGACCUGGUGAGUACUUACUUCCUCCCAGGUAUUUACGAUUAAAAUUGUUUAUUAAUUAUAAAUUGAGAUUAUUUUCCAUUUCUAUAUUAAAGACACAAGGUUCCUGAAGAACAUCAGGGAUUUUAUUUGUAAUUUUUAUUGUUGUACAUAGCAUUAAAAAUAGAGGGUUUAUCAAUAAAAGUACAGAGUUUAGUGACAGUUUUUCUCUGUUUCCUUAAGAUUUCUUAAUAAGUUUAUCAGUAAUGUGUUUUUACACCUGGAAAAGGAUUACUGGGCCAAGGAAAUGCGAAGGUCCUCAAUGCUUUGAACAUGAAUGAGUGCACAGUUAGAGAAGCUUUGCUGACUAAAUUUCAACAACAAACUGAUCACUUCCUUAGUAAUUCUAAACUGUCUUUUGGAUCUUUAUUUUAAUUGAUAUUAGUAUUUAGUCUGGUUCUCCAUCCUAUAAAUUCAAAUUAGUUGAAUUGCUGCCCCAGCUCAUGGUGCUGUAAUGUCAGAUCAGCCUCUCUCCACAUAAUUGUCUGAAUUGAACAAUCAAUACACACUUCUUUGAAGGCCAGAGGGUGGUAGGGUAAUCAUUUCAAAGGAAUGUGGUCUGCUUAACCUCCUGAAUUCGCUUGCAAGACUUUAAAGAUAUAUUUCAGUAGAGGAGUAUGAACUUUUAACACUAAUUCAGGAACAAAGAGUGUCAGUGAUGGUAUAUUUCAGUGCACAGGGUGGUGUCCACAUUUAAAAUCAUUGUUUCACUUAAACAGUUUUGUCAAGCAGAUGAAGACAUGACCUCACAAAUGUUAGAUGGUUUUGUUCUGACCUGAUCUCUUGUCCAGAAGCAUGUUUUGUGAACAGGUCAGGUAAUCAGGCUGGCUGUGCAUAGCUACCCCUUCCCGUUCACCUUUCAGCAAUUGGCUUUCUGUCAUGUUCAGCCAGUACAUACAGUUCUCUGAAAAUAGUCUAUGCAGUUUCAGCAUUAACAUGAGGAAUGCUAUGGUGGGAGGUGGCAGGUCUCCUAUCUGCUUCUGAAUUAGUCUGUUCUGAUUCAUUUCUUUUCAUAUAAAGAGGCCCUGACAAGAUUCUAUUUUUUCUAGCAACAGUGGGGAGAUGAAUUUGAAUGUGACACGUAGCUGCUGUUCAAAAAUUUUCAUAACUUGCAGUACAACUAAUGAAAUAAACUUCCUAGUGCCUGUAAAUAUUACAUAUAUUUGUGCACUGAUUUUUCAGCUUGUACCGGAACAUGUUGGUGUCUUAUUUUUGAUGUAGACAAGUAAUUUCAAAUAGUUGGGAGUGGCAUCAUAUACCUGUUUCUACUAUACUAGUUUUGUAGCAUGCAAACAGACACAUUAUUUUGGAACUAUGACGAAUAAAAUGCUCAACUGAAAAUGAGCAUUCAAAUAUUACAUAUAGAAACGAAAACUACCUUGCUGUACAAUACUAGUUGCAUCAGGAAAGACACAAGAAACAUUAACAGGCUCCAGAAACUUUAUUUCACUAAAAUUCGACCUUUGUGUGAUCGUGAAAAUAGCUUAAAAAACAUGUGUCCAUCAUUCAUACUUACCUCUCCUCUUUUGCUCCUCGGUGCUGCGAUUCUGAGUAGUUGCUUUGUAUCAAAUUCUGAUUGUCCAGACCUUUUGCUUAGGAAUUUCGUAUUUCAGCUAGGUUUCUUCAUUUUUGUUGGUGUAUUUUUCAGUAAGGUGACAGGUCCAUCCACCAUGGGUUUUUCUUGGAGAAUUGCAGGUCAUUUCCAGACCCCCCCCAUACGCACACACACAUACAGGAGAUUGCGCAGAAAUUUACAUAAAAUCCUACAUUCCCAUGCUGUUUGGUUUUUUGUUUGGCCCAUCCCCUCUGUGGCACAAAGUGUGUCACCUGCUAUUCUACCUCGAUGCAUCCAAAGAUGACAUAUCUUAAUAGUAAUAAACAAUAAGAGGAAUUCAGUUUUAUAGCAAUACAAGAAUGAAAUGAAGAUGUUUAGUAGAUACAUUAAUGGUGAAACGAUAUUUUUUAUGUUUGAAAUCCUAAUGGUUAUAAUUAUAUUGUCAUUUUUUUGUA